CGUACAACGCUGCGCUGCAGACACUGCUGGACCGUCUGCGGGGCGAGGCGGCGGGCGGCGGCUCGCUGAGGAAGUACGCGACGGGCAACACAUCGGUGGGUUUCAACACGAUCUACGCGAUGACACAAUGCACGCCGGACUUGACCGACCAGCAAUGCAGCGACUGCCUGGUGACAGUCAUCGGGAGACUGGGGCAGUGCUGUGCCGGGAAGAUGGGAGUGAGGAUCAUGGCCCCAAGUUGCCAGUUCCGGUACGAGACCAAUGAUCGAUUCUUCGACCUGGUUGGCGAGCCACUUCCGCCGUCGCCCACACCGCUAUCACCGGCGGCAGACGCACCGCCUCCUUCGCCAGGUGGAAAGAGCAGUUCAACGAAGACUGUGAUCAUUGCAGUUGCGACAAGUGCUUCUGCGGUCCUUGUUAUCGGCGUUGUCAUACUCCUGAUAAUGAAAAGGAAGCGGAAGCAGCCCAGACAAAGAGUUGAAGGUGAAGUUGAGGAUGAAAUAAGCACGGCAGAGUCACUGCAAUUUGAUUUUGGCACUAUUAGAGCGGCAACUGAUAACUUCUCUGAUUCCAAGAAGCUUGGACAAGGCGGUUUUGGUGCUGUUUACUUGGGUCAGCUCUCCAACGGACAAGAAAUUGCGGUAAAACGGCUGUCACAGAAUUCUGGACAAGGAGAAGUAGAAUUCAAGAAUGAGGUCAUGUUAUUAGCUAGGCUACAACAUAGGAACUUGGUCAGGCUCCUUGGUUUUUGCCUAGAAGGAGUUGAGCGGCUUCUCAUUUAUGAGUUUGUGCCCAAUUCAAGCCUUGACCAGUUCAUAUUCGAUCCCUUGAAGCGUGCAAAUCUCGGCUGGGAUAGGCGCCACAAAAUAAUAAUGGGUGUUGCUCAAGGGAUGCUUUACCUACACGAGGACUCUCGACUUCGUAUCAUUCAUCGGGACCUCAAAGCCAGCAACAUUUUGUUGGACUCAAACAUGAAUCCUAAAAUAUCAGAUUUCGGUAUGGCGAGGCUGUUCGAGUCGGACCAAACUCAAGCAAAGACAAACCAAGUCGUGGGGACCUACGGUUAUAUGGCACCGGAGUAUGUAAUGCAUGGAAACUUUUCUGUCAAGUCCGAUGUCUUCAGUUUCGGAGUGCUAAUUUUGGAGAUUGUGAGUGGUCAAAGGAACAAUCUUUUCCAAGCGGGCGAUAACACAGAGGUCCUCAUAAGCUAUGUUUGGAAGAAUUGGAGGGAAGGAACAAUAUCAAAUAUCAUUGAUCCCUGUAUAACUUAUAAUUUGAGUACUGAAAUUGUGAGGUGUGUCCACAUUGGUCUACUAUGCGUCCAAGAAAAUGUGGCUAAUCGACCGACAAUGGCCUCAAUCCUUCUCAUGCUUAACAGCCACUCCGUCACACUCCAAGUGCCAUCACAACCUGCGUUCUUUUUGCACAGCGGCAACGAGUCCGAUAUGUCAUCAACGCAAGAUUACAGUUCGAGAGUGCCUGAGGUCGACAAAUCAAGAAACAAAUCAAACCAGUUCUUGAAAAAGGAGGCCUCCAUGACCGAGCCAUAUCCACGGUAGCCUUGACAAACGGUAGAUAGUCAUAGUGUGCCCUAAGCGUUAAUUUGUGUGUUUGUCAUGGUUUUCAAAUUAUCAAAUUUACAUUCUCAUGAUUUAAUUAUUCCCAGCAAUUACUGUUUUUGUGUAGUGUUUAAGUGACAUACUGAGCCAGAUUUUACGCAUCAAACUAGAUGCAUUUUCCAAUUUAGU